AUGGCAGACAACUUGCCUAUCGAUGUUAUCCGAUCACAUCAAGAGGAUCAAGAAUCCAUAGCGAGCUCUACACAUAAUCGCAGCAACUCGCAAUCGCAAACAACUCGGCCCGAAGCCAACGAUGACGCAGAAGAGAAAUACAAGCACGACGUGCCCCCAGACGGCGGCUAUGGGUGGGUCUGCAUUGCCUGUGUCUUUUGGAUAAAUGCCCAUACUUGGGGUAUCAACAGCAGCUACGGCGUUUUUCUCAGCUAUUAUCUUUCGCAUGAUGUUUUCCCUGGCGCAAAUUCCCUCUCAUAUGCAUUCACUGGUGGUCUUAGCAUUUCCUGUGCACUCCUAGUCGCUCCUCUAGCAACAUAUUUAAUUCAUCUCUACGGCAUUCGCCUCGUCCUCAACCUGGGCGUGUUUUUCGAGACACUGUCUCUGGUCGGCUCCUCCUUCGCCACUCAAAAAUGGCAUAUCUUCCUUAGCCAAGGCGUAUGUUUCGGCUGGGGAAUGGGUUUCUUGUUUGUUGGCAGUGUAGGAAUCGCACCACAGUGGUUCCAGAAACGUCGCGGCGUUGCGAUGGGUAUCACGGCUUCUGGAUCCGGACUCGGUGGACUAAUGUAUUCGCUUGCUGUCGGAGCCAUUAUUCCUCGAUACGGACUAGGUUGGGCAUUCCGAAUUCUCGGCAUAAUCUCGUGCGUGGUGAAUGUCGUGUGUGCGAAUCUCCUUCGAGAUCGAAAUAAGCUAGUUGGAAGUCGCUUUUCGCCCUUCCACGCGCCGUUGCUGCGGAAGCCGGAAUUCAUUCUUUUUCUCGGCUGGGGAUUCUUCAGUAUGCUGGGGUAUGUAGCUCUGCUGUUCAGCGUGGCUAAUUUUGCGCUUUCGGUUGGCCUAUCGGCUCAUCAGGGGAGUGUUGUUUCUGCGCUUUUGAAUCUUGGACAAGGUCUUGGACGACCAUUUGUCGGGAUGUUCAGUGAUACAUUUGGACGGAUAAAUAUAGCCACAUUUUUAUCAUUUAUAUGUGGGCUGUUUUGUCUGGUUAUCUGGGUUUUUGCUGAUAGUAUGGGUGUUGUUUGCUUCUUUGCUGUUUUGGUUGGUACUGUCUCGGGCACGUACUGGGCGACUGUCUCGCCGGUGCUGGUGGAGAUUAUUGGGCUGAGAGAUCUUCCUUCUGGUCUAAGUAUUAACUGGCUAUGGCUUGUUGCGCCUUGUACCGUCUCAGAGGCUAUUGCGUUGGAGCUGCGUCGCCCUACUUCCAGUGGUGGGACUUCGUAUCUUCAUGUACAGCUGUUUACUGGGUUCAUGUAUGUGGCUGGUUCCAUUUGUUUGUGGAUUGUUCGGGGCUGGAAGAUCGGGGAGUUGCAGCGGGCUGAGCAGAAACAACAGUCUGCCGUGCGCCGGGAGCCUUUGACUGGAACUGGGGACGACCGCCAAAAGGAGGGCUCCCCUGCAGCUUUUCCGGCUACUCUGCAAUCUGGAGAAGACAUGCAGACGAGUUCAGUGUGGACUCCAUUUAACUUAACUCGACAAAUGUUUGCCUUGGAGAGGGUGUAA